UCUUCACCCGGCGUGAUUCAUGUUCAAGUGUCCAGGAGGAACGGCGUUCAUCUGUCAUACUCAUCAUGACCUCGAUCUCGGAGUGGUACGCGGGGAAGAACGUGCUGAUCACGGGGGCGACCGGCUUCAUGGGAAAGGUGCUGGUGGAGAAGCUCCUGCGCUCGUGCCCCGAGGUCAAGGCCCUGUACAUCCUCGUCAGGCCGAAGGCGGGUCAGUCCAUGUCGGAGCGCGUCCAGGACAUGAUGAAGAGCAAGCUGUUUGACCGGGUUCGUGAAGAUAAUCCUGAGUUUCAUCAGAAGAUCAUAGCCAUCAGCAGCGAGCUCACACAGCCCGGCCUGGCCAUCAGUCCAGAGGAUGUACAGACACUCACUUCACAUAUCAACAUCGUCUUCCACUGCGCCGCCACCAUACGCUUUGACGAACCACUGAAGCAUGCCUUGCAGCUGAACGUCAUGGCCACACAGCAGCUCCUCUCUCUGGCUCAGCAGAUGCAGAACCUGCAGGCGUUCAUCCACAUCUCCACUGCCUACGCCAACUGCAACCGCAGACACAUCGACGAGGUCAUCUACCCUCCUCCGGUCGAGCCCAAGAAGCUCAUCGACUCUCUGGAGUGGAUGGAUGAUAAUAUCAUCUGUGACAUCACACCACGCCUGAUAGGUGACCGACCCAACACGUACACCUACACCAAAGCGCUGGCGGAGAGUGUGGUCCAGCAGGAGAGCGGCAAACUCCACAUCGGCAUCAUACGACCCUCCAUCGUCGGAGCCAGCUGGCAGGAGCCCUUCCCCGGUUGGAUAGAUAAUUUUAAUGGAGCAAGUGGUGUUUUCAUUGCUGCUGGGAAGGGCAUCCUGCGCACCAUGAGAGCCAGUAAUGACGCUGUGGCGGAUCUGAUUCCCGUGGACAUGGUUAUAAACCUGACACUGACUGCUGGCUGGUACACCGCGGUGCACAGACCGAAAACUGCACUUGUGUACAACUGCACAACAGGAGGCAUUAACCCCUUCCACUGGGGAGAGAUCGAGCAUCUCGUGAUGUCCUCGUUCAAAAGGAAUCCUCUAGAACAGGCUUUCCGUCGGCCCAACGCCAACAUCACCUCCAACUAUCUGAUCUACCAGUACUGGAUCCUCGUCAGUCACAAGUUCCCAGCGCUCAUCUAUGACCUCUUCCUCAGACUGUCUGGCCAGAAACCACAAAUGAUGCGUAUUUUCAACCGUUUGCACAAAGCCAUCGGUCUUCUGGAGUACUUCAGCAGUCAGGACUGGCAGUGGAGCUCUGACAACCUGAACAUGCUGAUGAGUCACCUGAGCGCUGAGGACAGGAAGACCUUCAACUUUGACGUUCGCCAGCUAAACUGGCCGGAGUACAUCGAUAAUUACUGUAUCGGCACCAAGAAGUACGUUCUGAACGAGGACAUGUCAGACAUUCCCGCCGCCAGACAGCACUUGAGAAAGCUGAGAAACAUCCGAUACACGUUCAACACCGUUCUGCUCGUCUUCAUCUGGCGCGUCUUCAUUGCUCGCUCUCAGAUGGCCAGGAACAUCUGGUACUUCGUCGUGAGUUUGUGCUUCAAGUUCCUGUCAUACUUCAGAGCUUCCAGCACACUGACCCAAUGACCGGAGCGCACAGGAAGUGUGUGUCCUCGUCCUCCGAACACUUCCUCUUCCAGACAGGCGUCUUCAGCCAUUCACACACACACACACACACACACAGGUGUUUCUUUAGCUUUCCUCGCCGGACGGCCGCUCGCCCGAACCCCUCCUUCAUGAUUGAUGCGAGUGCUAUUUUUAAAGGUGUCCUCUUUUAUAAAGACUCUUCUUAAUACCAUUUAUAUGCAACCACAUUUUACAGUGUUUCUCCUUUACAUUCUUGUCGGAGAAGCUGCCUUUGUGUCUUCUGAUGAUUUUAGCCUUCUCGACUAAAGACAGUGUUUCGUCACAGGACUAAAGAUCUUCGUCACUGAUGGAGCUCAAAGCUUUGCUGUUUUCAGCAUUUUUUGUCUUUUGACGGUUUGUUUGUGUCCUGUCUAAUACCAUUUAAUCAAGCCGGAAAACUCUUGUACCGUGUGGUACUAAAGCCAGGAACAUAGUCUAGCGUUUUCCCUGUGUUUUUGGUUCGGGUUUUAUCUUUUUUUCCGAUGUUUUGUUUGCUGCAUUCAGAGGGAAAGGCCACAGAUCUGAAGCAUAUUUAACCCAUUUUUCUUCACAUGUGUGGUUUAUGUUUAUGUAUUAACAUAAACACCCAAAAUCAAAGGGAGAAAAUAUCUAUUCAUGAAGAAAAAUUAAGCCUAUAUUUAGGAACCAAAAAGGGAUUUGUUUAACUUUAUUUUUAAUUACAAUUAAGCAAAUUACCCUCAACUUUAAUGCAUCCAUUAUUACAUUUUAAAUAAAAUUGUAUAUAAUGAAUAU